CGGCUUGCCUCUCUCAAGAGUGCAGAGCUACACUCGCAGGCGGCUUAUGGGCAGAGAGAGAACUUCUAGGUCGACUUGGAACAUUGGUGUCCCUGCUGCUAAUAUACUUGAUAGGAGGGCACUUGGCGCAUCAGGUGUAUCAGGAGCGUCAGGUGUAUCUUCAGGUGUUUUAUCAGGUGCACCGCCAGAGUGGAUGGACCUGGGAGUGGCUCUGGACGUGGCAGGCCUGCAGCAGUGUGUGGGGCAGGGGCGAGUGGUCACUGUGGACGCAUACCUCAGAGGCGAAGGGGUUGGGAGCGGUGCAGAGGGGUGGCUGGGGAGGGUGGGUAGGUUGUGGAAGCCAAAGGGGAGGACGGAGGUGGAGGUGAAGAUGUGGUGGUGGUGGCACGGCGGCGAAUCUGUGCGUGCCACGUGUCAGCAGUUCAUUCGCGAGGCGCCAUGGGCAAAGCUGCUACCCCACGAUGAUGGGGAUGGGGAGACCUAUGGCGCAACAGACGGUGACAAUUACAGUCGUGAUAAUACCAGCACCAGUGCCAGUACUAGUACUGCUGGUGGUACCAGUGGUAAUGGUGGUAACACCGGUGAUAACAGUGGUGACGCUGACAAUGGUAACAAUAACAGUGGUGGUACUGCUGCUAGUGAAGCCAGUAUCAACGACCCGGCUCAUCUCGCCAGCAUAUGUGCAGGGGCCCCCAUACCCGCCGCCAACGUGUCUCUUAGCCAGUUCCUCGCCUUCUUUGGCCGCCGCACGGAAGACGUGAUUGGGCUGGGAGACGUGUUUGAGAUCACAGGGGAGGUGGAUGUGGGGGAGGUGGAUCGGGGGGAAGAUAUAAGGGGAGUGCACAAUUUACGGGCGGAAUUGCUGAUGGAAGGGCAUGCGAGUUCAGACGGUCUGCCGGGUCUCUACGACGGCCUAAACGGUGCCGUCCCCAUCCUGCCGCCCUGCCGCCUCGCCAUGCGGCCGCACCCCGCCGCCCUCUCCGCCGCCCACGCGUUCGCGCGGCGCGUGCUCGGCACACGCUUCGCCGCCCUGCACCUGCGGAGGACGGAUUUUGCGACGCACUGCUUGAGGCCGGGGUUCCGGUGCUGGUCACCACUGUCUCAGAUUGCUAGAUGCGUGGCGGAUAGGAUCAAUGCCCUCAAUGCUGCUGCUGGAGCUGGUGGUGCUGCUGGUGUUGCUGGUGCUACUGCCGUUGCUGGUGUUGCUGGUGCUACUGCUGCUUCUGGUGGUGGUUCUGCUGCUGAUGUGGCUGUUGCUGCUGGAGUAAAGGAGGGGGCAGCAUCAAGUGGGAUGGAGCAGCACCAACCUGUGCGGACUCUCUUCGUCGCCACAGAUACAACCGACCAGGUGGGAGCUGGGAAUAGCAGGAUACGAUCCCAACUGGAGCUCCGCUGGUUCUCUCAGAUGCUCAAGUCCCUGGUAUGGGGCGAGCUUUCCAUUAUUCAGUACCCUCGUGUCAAGUCAGCGGCGCCAGGAGCAGCAGAGCUGCAGGCAGCGGGGAUGAUAUCCCACAGCAGCACGAGGAGCACGGUGGAGAAGAUGGUAUGUGUGUAUGCGCACGUGUUCUGGGGCACCCCCCGGUCGACCUUCAGCAAGGAUGUGAUGCGGAUGAGGGCGGCUCUGAGGGUGGCGCAUUGUGGGGAUGACUGGGUGUGUGGGGGGGAGGAGACGGAGGACUUGCGGGUGAGGGAAAUCAGCAAGAGGAUGAAUGCAUGA